AUGGCAGUCUUCUCAACCUCGAGAGGGCAGCCACCUCAAAUCCCAACUACCUCAGUUCUCUCGAUAGCAGGGGUAACUGCUUAUCCUGCUAAAAGGACCAGAUAUUCCAAGCUCUUACCCAGACAGCUCACCUGGGUGGACGCCACCUCUGCCACCCCCGCCAACGCUACCCCAUAUAAAGGGGAGUGGCAGGCUGAGGGCCCAAAGUCUGCCUGUGGGAUCCACUUGAGCUUUACCCCACAGGCUUCAAAUUGGGUUGGCAGUUGCCUGGGCACAGGCAGGAUGAGUAACUCCCGUUCCCAUCGUGCACCCCAGCAGUCGCCCUCCCAACAUAAUCAUAGUCCACUUUACUUCGCUAAGAGGCAGGGCGUGUCCUCACCCCGGCGGGCCAUGACGCUAUGCUUCCAGAGCCUCCUGCUGCUCCAAGAUCCCCCACAGUUUAGCCUUGGACUGCAAGGUUCGACUCCAUCGAGCACCGCCUCAAUGAUUUCAACGGAAACAGAUGCAAGAUUGCCCUCAACCACAGAGCUGGCUACAAACUCCACUGAGAAAUCGCUAGAAACAGUUACUUUACCUGAAACAUCGACCAUUGAAGGAGAAACUGUCUUUGAAACAGUGACGCUUCCUGAAACAUCGACUAUUGACGGAGAAACUGUCUUUGAAACAGUGACGCUUCCUGAAACAUCGACCAUUGAAGGAGAAACUGUCUUUGAAACAGUGACGCUUCCUGAAACAUCGACCAUUGAAGGAGAAACUGACUUUGAAACAGUAACAAUUCCUGAAACAUCGACCAUUGAAGGAGAAACUGUAUUUGAAACAAUGACGCUUCCUGAAACAUCGACCAUUGAAAACGGAAACUUGACGCUUCCUGAAACAUCGACCAUUGAAGGGGAAACUGUCUUUGAAACAGUGAAGCUUCCUGAAACAUCGACUAUUGAAGGAGAAACUCUCUUUGAAACAGUGACGCUUCCUGAAACAUCGACCAUUGGAGGAGAAACUGUCUUUGAAACAGUGACGCUUCCUGAAACAUCGACUAUUGAAGGAGAAACUGUCUUUGAAACAGUGACGCUUCCUGAAACAUCGACCAUCGAAGGAGAAACUGUCUUUGAAACAGUGACGCUUCCUGAAACAUCGACUAUUGAAGGAGAAACUGUCUUUGAAACAGUGACGCUUCCUGAAACAUCGACCACUGAAGGAGAAACUGUCUUUGAAACAGUGACGCUUCCUGAAACAUCGACCAUUGAAGGAGAAACUGCCUUUGAAACAGUGACGCUUCCUGAAACAUCGACUGUUGAAGGAGAAACAGUAUUUGAAACAGUGACGCUUCCUGAAACAUCGACCGUGGAAGGAGAAACUAUCUUUGAAACAGUGACGCUUCCGGAAACAUCGACCAUUGAAGGAGAAACAGUAUUUGAAACAGUGACGCUUCCUGAAACAUCGACUAUUGAAGGAGAAACUGUCUUUGAAACAGUGACGCUUCCUGAAACAUCGACUAUUGAAGGAGAAACUGUCUUUGAAACAGUGACGCUUCCUGAAACAUCGACUAUUGAAGGAGAAACUGUCUUUGAAACAGUGACGCUUCCUGAAACAUCGACGAUUGAAGGAGAAACUGUCUUUGAAACAGUGACGCUUCCUGAAACAUCGACCGUUGAAGGAGAAACUGUCUUUGAAACAGUGACGCUUCCUGAAACAUCGACCAUUGAAGAAGAAACUGUCUUUGAAACAGUGACGCUUCAUGAAACAUCGACCAUUGACGCAGAUAUUUUCUUUGAAACGGUAACGGUUCCUGAAUCCACUCGUUCUCCAGGAACACCUACAAUGCCCCCGUCUUCAACAACAGCACCUGCAGCAACAACUGUUUUGACAGAACUGGAACAAAGGAAGAAACAACUGGAAGAGGAGAUGGAACAGCUUCGAUCUGUAAUUGCUGCCAACAACGCAACCGCCAGUGCUCUUGCAGAGACGGAGGCAGCGUUGCAGCGAGUCAUUGAUGCCAUAGGUAAUAGUGGGAGGCACAAGAGGAGAAGACGAUCCCCUACUUAUGCUGUCAACCAAGGUGACGACACUGUGACAGUCGAUCCAUAUUGUGAGGUAAAUGAGGACAAUGCCUUAACUGGGGACCCGACAGAUCUGCUUCUUACAAUGAUCAAUGAUCUCUCCACCAAGCUAUCCAACCUCACAACCGACCAAAUCACCUGUUUCAAUGAACUCAUUGGUCAUUUUGCCACACUCAUAGAGAAUGGAACCUUCGUCAUCGAUUCUAGUGUAGUCGCCAAUAUUACAGCCGCUGCAGAGGCAGCAAGUAGCGCCGUAGGAGAACAGGUAGAGUCUUUAGAGACCCUCAUUUCGAAUCUACAGGCGCAGGUAGAGGAAAAGAAUGCCGCACUCAAUGAACUGGAAAGUGAACCUACGUCUACAGCAGCCUUCAAUUCAAAGAUAAAAGAAAGAUUUACGACAACUAUUAAUGCCAUACAGUUUCGUUCGACUCCAGCGAGCACCGCCUCAAUGAUUUCAACGGAAACGGAUGCAAUACUACCCACAACCACAGAUCUGGCUACAAACUCCACUGAGAAAUCGCUAGAAACAGUUACCUUACCUGAAACAUCGACCAUUGAAGGGGAAACUAUAUUUGAAACAGUGACGCUUCCUGAAACAUCGACCAUUGAAGGGGAAACUAUAUUUGAAACAGUGACGCUUCCUGAAACAUCGACCAUUGAAGGAGAAACUGCCUUUGAAACAGUGACGCUUCCUGAAACAUCGACCAUUGAAGGAGAAACUGCCUUUGAAACAGUGACGCUUCCUGAAACAUCGACCAUUGAAGGAGAAACUGCCUUUGAAACAGUGACGCUUCCUGAAACCACUGAAGGAGAAACUGCCUUUGAAACAGUGACGCUUCCUGAAACAUCGACUAUUGAAGGAGAAACUGUCUUUGAAACAGUGACGCUUCCUGAAACAUCGACCAUUGAAGGAGAAACUGUCUUUGAAACAGUGACGCUUCCUGAAACAUCGACUGUUGAAGGAGAAACUGCCUUUGAAACAGUGACGCUUCCUGAAACAUCGACUAUUGAAGGAGAAACUAUCUUUGAAACAGUGACGCUUCCUGAAACAUCGACCAUUGAAGGAGAAACUAUCUUUGAAACAGUGACGCUUCCUGAAACAUCGACUAUUGAAGGAGAAACUGUCUUUGAAACAGUGACGCUUCCUGAAACAUCGACCAUUGAAGCAGAAACUGUCUUUGAAACAGUGACGCUUCCUGAAUCCACUCGUUCUCCAGGAACACCUACAAUGCCCCCAUCUUCACCAACAGCACCUGCAGCAACAACUGUUUUGACAGAACUGGAACAAAGGAAGAAACAACUGGAAGAGGAGAUGGAACAGCUUCGAUCUGCAAUUGCUGCCAACAACGCAACCGCCAGUGCUCUUGCAGAAACGGAAGCAGCGUUGCAGCGAGUCAUUGAUGCCAUAAGUAAUAGUGGGAGGCACAAGAGGAGAAGACGAUCCCCUACUUAUGCUGUCAACCAAGGUGACGACACUGUGACAGUCGAUCCAUAUUGUGAGGUAAAUGAGGACAAUGCCUUAACUGGGGACCCGACAGAUCUGCUUCUUACAAUGAUCAAUGAUCUCUCCACCAAGCUAUCCAACCUCACAACCGACCAAAUCACCUGUUUCAAUGAACUCAUUGGUCAUUUUGCCACACUCAUAGAGAAUGGAACCUUCGUCAUCGAUUCUAGUGUAGUCGCCAAUAUUACAGCCGCUGCAGAGGCUGCAAGUAGCGCCGUAGGAGAACAGGUUGAGUCUUUAGAGACCCUCAUUUCGAAUCUACAGGCGCAGGUAGAGGAAAAGAAUGCCGCACUCAAUGAACUGGAAAGUGAACCUACGUCUACAGCAGGCAAGAAAUUUGACUUCUUUUGCCGUCGUUUAUCCCAUUUUAACAAAUAUCACAGUAACAGGAAAUAUGACCAUUAG